AUGGCUGAACCACCGGUUGCGGAUACUUACUUAGCAGCAGCCCGAUCAGGUCACGGAGAGUCUCCUCAACAAUAUUUACCGGACUUACCAGAAUCGUCUGUACGAGGCUCCAAAGCAUUUACUAACACCAUCUCUGACCUGACCAAUAUCUUGGACCGAACUAGGGGAAUUUCUCAAGAAUAUGUAUCUACUAGCUUCCGUGGCGGAUUAUCUCAGGAAAAUGGAACUCCCAACUUGCGCAGUGGUACAGAAUUUGGGAGUAAAUUAUCACAGGAGUAUGCACCGAAUCUCUCAACGGUACGGUGCUGUAAGAACGUCUCCUUCGUAUACAGUGCUCCAUCACUCAGAUCGUCUCCAACCACACAAUACGGUGCCCUUGAAUUCCAACCAACGAAUGUUGAAGAAUACAAUGCUCCAUUCGUAAGAAACAGUGACUUUUCGAAUACUAGAAGCUCUUCGCCGGUUCGAAAGUACGGUGUGCCCAAAUCUCGUAGUAGCCAAUUGCGUUCUGGCUCCGUAUCACAGGAAUAUUUACCUUCUUCAAGAUCUAAUACACAGCAAGCGCACAGGACUUUAGAAGAUUUCUCAUUUGGAACACAAAGUCUCGCCAAAUCAUCAAGAAACAGUCCUUCCCAAGUUUAUGGAACACCAGUUGACUCUCUGGCGACUCAGUAUAGUGCACCUGAAGCUAGAAAUGCUGAUGCAUAUUAUGGUGAAUCAGGUGUGUUGUCGACAACGUACAACAGACCUAAUGGAGGCAGUGAGCCAGAAACAGGAGCAGCUUUGAAAUCAAGCACCCUUGCAUCAUCUUAUCCAUCAGCUAGAUCACAAUCCCGAGAAGACGGCGCACCAUCAUCUCGUACCGCCGUGCCCUCGCCGCAGUACGGGGCUUCAAAAAACCUCGACGGAUACUCUGAUCGGAGCUACGAGAACUAUGCAAGAAAUUCUUUAGAAUUGCUUAAUCAGGACGAUAAAGCAGAAGGGACGUACUUUGUCGUACUUCCUGAUGAAACCAAACAGGUGGUAAAUUACGAGGCUGAUGAAGAUGGAUUCAAGCCAAGAAUCUCGGUUAUACCAGCCGACAUUGCAUCUAGCGGCGCAGGCGCCUUAUUGACACAACUUCAUAAUCAUAUAGAAAAGACGACAAAUUAUUGUAAAAUUUAG